AUGUCAGUUACGUGGAGGGGCUCCUUGCUGUCAGGUCCUGCUGGUUCCAAACGAGGCACCACUGGCCCAUCAUCUUCUCGCGGUCGCGUAUGGAGAGGCAGCUCUGGAGGAUCGCAACCUGCACCUAGCACUGAUGAUAGUGCACGAGGUGCUAAAACUCGUGCACCUAGCCGCGGUGGGCCUCGAGGCGGACGCGGGAGGCGGGGCGAUAUGUCAGGUACUUCUGCGCAACCGACCGGUGCAUCAGGCAGGUCAAAUGCAGGGCCAUUUCGAGAUAAUGGAUCUCGAUCCAAAGGCGGCCAAGAAAAUGGUAUAAAGGCUCCUCCGGUAUUCGGCUCGCGAUCGGGGACUUCGAGUGGACAGUCAUCACGGCCUUCGUCUCCAUUCGGCUCAAUCACGAAUACGAAUGGGUCCUUCACUGACCGCUCAAGAGAUCCACAGAGGCAAAGUGCCAAAUUCUCAGGUGGAAGCGCAAAAUCCGGAAAACCGCAAGAUUAUAAUAGUCGCUAUGAGCAGUUUACCGAUCAGGAAUCUGGAGUGUCUCAUACAGUUGAGGCCAAAAUGCUUAAGAGAUUCAGAAGAUCUGCUGCUGGCUAUGACGAGCAGUUACCUUCAGACAUCAGAACUCCAAAAACCCUCCUUCAAACGAUGAAUUAUCUUCUACGAUAUGUUGUAGAAGAUGACGAAACUCUAGCUACCACCCACAAAUUUCUCUGGGAUCGCACACGCUCAAUUCGCAAUGAUUUAUCUAUUCAACAACUUACUCAAGUCCAAGAUGUCUCAAUUGCAGUGAAGUGUCUUGAACGAAUUGCCAGGUUCCACAUCGUAGCUCUCCAUCUCCUGUCCAGUCCUGAAAACUCGGAACCCUUUGAUCACCACCAAGAACGAGAGCAGCUAAAUAAUACCUUAUUAUCCCUCUUAUACUACUACGAUGACAACCGAAAUUUGAUCAAGUUUCCCAACGAGGACGAGUUUCGAGCCUAUUACAUUGUGUUCUCCAUACACGACCAGCGGCCCGAUCUCGAAGCUCGAGUACAAAACUGGCCUCGGGAAUUGUUACGGUCACCUCGGGUUCAGGUUGCACUUGAAUUGUUUGCUGCAGCUGGGAAUGCUUGGGAAUACCAAGGCACCUUGGAUGCGAAAAGGCCGAACGCAAUUGCCCAAGGCCUCUAUGCGCGCUUCUUCCGCCUUAUUCAGUCUCCUAGCGUCCCAUAUCUCUUAGCGUGUAUUGCAGAAAUAUACUUUAACCAGGUCCGGCAAACGACAAUCCGAUCGAUAUGGAAAGCGUAUUGUCGACACCCUAUUUCCCAACAACACAAGAACCAAGAGUGGACUGUUGACGAGCUUACUGGAACACUGGCGUUUGACGAUAACCAUCAAACCAUUGAUUUUUGCGAGGAACAAGGGCUCCAGUUUGCGACGAAUGCUGACGGGCAGAUGUAUCUAAAUUGGGGCCAAUUUCCGCUUGAUUCUGUCGCCUUCCAGCCAUCCUCCCAACAAACAUUUUCAUACGAGUACGUCGAAUCUAAGCGUUGUGGAAGGACUCUAGUGGCGCUUAUCCUUGGGAUGAACGUUUUGCAAGCUUCCAGGCACGGGAUGAUCGAUCAAUCCCUUUUACCAACCGAAUUGACAUUGGAACAAAAUCCGAAACAGAAUAUGGAGUCAGAUGGACUGUUUGUUAGUGAUCAUGAAGAUGAAAUUCAAACGCAUGAUGCAACGAGCUGGCAGUCGGAUAAAGGAACUAUCGGAACUUUCAAGCCUACGUUUUCAUUCCCCAGCGUUGCGGAACCAGUGUCCGCCACGAAUGAGUUAGCUCAAGUGGCCGCAAGGGAUCAUUUCUCGCCUAGUGUUCCAUCUACGCAUCAAACGUUACUCCCCAAGCAAGGACAGCUAUCUCCCAGCGCUCAGCCUUUCACACCUCAAGCCCAAUCACCGUUUAUGGGAAUUAUGGCAUCGUCUACUUUCAGCUCUCAACAGCAGCAAGUCGAUGCACCACCUUCGUCAGCACAACCCGCCAGUGCCUUUGGAAGCUUUGGUCAGCCUUCUAGAAGCCUAUUUCCGCCUUCGCAAUCCACACCUCAACCAAAUCCACCAACUUUCUCCUCCACAUUUGGCGCCAGCCUAGGAUCUUCUCUGGGAUCCAGUUUUGGUUCAAACUUCGGCAUGCAGAAAGGUAGCCAGCAGUCUCAAACUGGGACAUCUGCUCCCAUAAGCCCAGCCCUCAAACCAACGAGCCCCAGCCCCCCAAAAAUAUUUUCACAAUCGACUUCAUCACCGUUCACGCCUCCACCCAAACCGGAAGAAACGGCAAUGGCUCCUGAACAGUCCACUGCCAGUGCAACACCUCGUGAGCCCUUAUUUAGGCCUUUCCCAAGUUCCCAAUCAGACAAGCAGCCUAGUAUCUUUGAUAAAGGUAGUAUGCUGUAUAACGCCCCAUACGAUUCGGUAUCCGAUGCUGAUGGACAUUUAGUUACACCACCAGCACCCUUUGUGAGCUCGGGAUUAUUUGGCCAGCCUAGCAAAAUUGGGGCUGAUCACCAAACCAACAAGGCUGACGGCGUCUCGUCGAUGUUCUCUACAACUCCGGCAGCGUCAACUUUGAAGCAGGACCAACCAAUAGCCAAUCCAACUCCUACUUCGAGUAUAUUCUCAUCCUCACCCUUCCCAUCAUCGGCGCAAUCAUCAGCUUUCAAAGCACCGGCGCCAAAGUUUGAAUUUACAAGUUCCUCCGAUACGCUCAGAAAAUCAAAUGAGGAUGUCGAAGCGCGGAAGGCAGCUGAACGAGAAGCUGCCGAAAGAGAGGAAGCAGAGAAGAAGAAGAGAAAUGCCGAGGAGAUGGAAUCGAAGAGGCGGGAGGCUGAGAAAAGAGAAGCAGCUCGGCGGGAAAUCGAGCGGGAGCGUGAUCGAAGACGAGCUGCGGCGGAAGAAGCUGCCAGGCUCGAACGGCUUGAAAAGGCUAGGAAGGAGGAAGAACUGCUACGUGCUAGACGUCUGGAGGAAGAAAGAGCAAAGGCGGCUGAGCGUGAGGCUGCGCUGCGCGAAAUGGCGAGACAACAAGAGGAAGAACUCCGUGCUGCAAAGUUAGAAAUCGCAAAGAGAGAGGCUGCGGAGCGCGAGGCCGCACGCCAAGACGCUGCAAGGAGAGAGUUGAUAGAACAAGAUAUUGCGAAGCGGAAAAAUGGUUUCACUGAAGACGAGGAUGAAACUGGCAAGGAGCAGUAUGGAGCUAGCAGGCGGAUAUCAGAAGGAAUGCUCACCGUCGAAGAACUCCUCAAUUUUGACCGUCCUCGUUCCGACUUGAGAUCCUCACAGCAACCACAGCCACAACCGUUGCCACUGGCAUCCCGUUCUCUCACCGAAUCGACAAUCAACGAGGACGAACUCCUCUUCUCCGCGGCGCGCAUGGCAGCCAAUACCCUCGCUCAUGGAAAAGCUUUAUGGCACGAUGUCCCAGAGCUUCGGAACUCCGUGUCGAUGUCGAUGUCGAUGUCCCCCGUCUCCACCCCACGCUUCAGUCGGUCCAGUAUCGGGCCCGACGGCUCUAUGGAAACGAAGGGCGGCCACAUCCUUGUUAAUGGAUAUGAUGUUGCUCUUGCGCCAACAGUGCCGCUGGGGCUUGGCCGUACUUUGUCCCGCACGGAACAGAGGAUCCGCCAAACGGGUGCGAAGGGUUUUGCGUCGCUGCCCAUCGCAUCGUCACCAUCGCCUGGUAGCGGGAGUAGCCCGAGUAGCGUCAGGUUGUCAAAUGGAAAAUUGCAGAAACGGAAACACAAACGGCAGAAGCGGGAGGAAAACACGUGA